UUGGAUUCUCGAACCCUGAUCCCUGGGCCAGCUACAUUCGUCCCGAUCCGCUACACUUACCGUCAACUCUUUCACUUCACCAACUCCCUCAGCUUUGCGCCACCAAACACACACGCAAAGAUGCCGCUAAUCAUCCUCUCCGGCCUCCCGACCUCGGGCAAGACCACACGCGCAAAACAGCUCCAAGCCCACCUCGCGAAGCGCAUCGCCACGGCCUCGGCCUCCGCCGACUCCAAACAGCAGCAACCCGCAUACAGACUGCACUACAUAUCCGACUCGGCGCUGUCCAUCUCGCGCGACGUGUACGACCUGGACCCGGCCAAGGAGCGGCUGCACACGCGGUCGGCCAACGCCUCGGAGAAGGACGCGCGCGCGGCCGUCUACGGCGCCGUCAAGCGCGUGCUCUCGGACCGCGACAUCGUCGUCCUCGACGGGCUCAACUACAUCAAGGGGUGGCGUUACCAGCUGCACUGCGAGGCCAAGGCGGUCAGGACGCCGAGCGUGGUGGUGCAGAUCGGGUGCGGGGUGGAGAGGGCGAGGGGGAUCAACGAGGAGAGGUUGGAGAAGAGGAGGCGAAGAACGGAAAAUGAGAAGGAGAAUCAAGAGGGCGAGGAGCAGAAGGACGAGGGCAAAAACGAUGACGACGACGACGAAGAACAGCCGUACGACAAGGACAACUGGGAGAACCUCGUGUUCCGGUACGAGGAGCCGAAUCCGAUGACGCGGUGGGACAGCCCGCUCUUCACGCUCAUCUGGGAGGACGACGAGGCGCAGGCGGCGAAAGUGUUCGACGACGUGUGGGACGCGGUCGCGGGGACGGGGCGCAAGGCCGUGAAGCCGAACCAGGCGACGGUGCAGCGCAGCCGGGACGCGGGCGGGGACUACCUGUACGUGCUGGACCGGGAGACGCAGGACGUGGUGAAGCGGAUCCUGGAGGGGCAGGGCGACGCGGAGGAGGGCGGGGAGGUGCGGAUCUCGCGAGGGGCCGGCGGCGGCGGCGGCGAGGGGUUGGAGGAUCUGGUCGUGCGGUUGCCCGGGAGGAAGGUCGGGCUGCCGCAGCUGCAGAGGCUGAGGAGGGCUUACGUCGGGCUGAACCGCGGGGGCAUCGGGCUCGAGGGCGUGGGGAACUUUGCUGCUGACAGGAUGAGGGAGAGUUUCGUCGGGUAUCUUAAUGAUAGUUUCGACCAGGAGGGUUGA